CUGCGACUGCUCUCGACUACGGAAACGGAAGGGAGACGAGGAAAGGGAGAGAAGACGAAGCAGGCCAGGUGAAAAAUUACCGGCCACAAGCGAAAGGAGGCGAAGAAAACAGCGAAAAGGGAAGGAGAUCAGAGACAGUACGUCCCUCGGAUCGAUCUCCCGAGGUGAGCUGACGAUGCGAAGUUCGAACCCUUGCUACACUCCCUCCUGUGGGACUUCUAGUGUUGACUUGGAUAUCAGAUCUGCUCUCUUGCCUGGUCUGCCCCCGUCUUCUUGAUUCCAUCCGAUGCAAUUGAGAUCUUCGUUUGGGUUCUGCGACCUCAAAGGCGGGAUCUUUGUUCUAUUUUUGUUUGCGAGAUCUUGCCCCGGUGUUAGAUAAGUGGCGUGAAGUGCCUGUUCUGAGCUGAAAAGGGUCGAUUCGCUUGCUUGGACUGAAAUGAUAGUUACAGGUUAUUGUCUAAAGUUUGACUGACAUGCAUCAUGGGUUUCUCUGCAAAGUGGCUAAGAUCAUUAGUUGGCAUAAGGAAACAUGAAAAAGAUCAAUAUCCAGAAAAUGAUAAAAAUAUUACAGAAUAGCUUAUCUUCCAAUAAACAUGGCCAGAAAAAAACCUCUGUUACUACUCCAGAAGCAGUGUUUGCUCCUGGAACAGCUCUAUCAACAGGAGACACCAUUAUCCAGUCAGAUUCACACUCUGCUUCGUCUCCUGCCACAUUAAAUAACAGACUAAUAACAUGUCAGACUCAAGAAAAAACAAGGGAGGAAUGGGCUGCCACAGUCAUUCAAACUGCUUUCAGGGCAUUCCUGGCUAGAAGAGCUUUACGAGCUCUUAAAGGGCUGGUAAGGUUACAAGCCCUUGUUAGGGGUCAUGCUGUAAGAAAGCAAGCUGCAAUAACUCUUCGCUGCAUGCAAGCUCUUGUCAGAGUUCAGGCUCGUGUAAGAGCUAGACGAGUACGCAUUGCAUUAGAAAGUCAAUUGGGGCAUCAAAAGAUUCAAGAACAGGAGUCACAUGAAUCUCAUGUCAGAGAAAUCGAGGAAGGAUGGUGUGACAUUGUUGGCUCUGUGGAGGAAAUUCAGGCAAAGUUGUUGAAGAGGCAAGAAGCUGCGGCCAAGCGUGAGAGAGCGAUGGCAUAUGCUCUCACUCAUCAGUGGCAAGCUGGUUCAAGGAAGCCAGCUGCCCCUACAGGUUUUGAACCAGAUAAAAAUAAUUGGGGUUGGCAUUGGUUAGAGAGAUGGAUGGCUGUCCGUCCGUGGGAGAAUAGAUUCCUUGAUAUUAAUCUCAAAGAUGGGGUUAAACUUAAUGAAGAUGGAACGACGGAAGGAAAGAAUGCCAUCAGCACGUCCAUGACUCCCUCCAAAGCUACUGGCAGAAAACCCAUUUCAACUCUGCAAUCCAAUUCCCUAAACCACAAAUCCAUUCCUCCAAUGUCCGAGGGAAGUGGUUCUUUGUCAACCCGAUCUGCUAGCUUGAUGACCUCUUCUGCCCUUCGUUCCAGUAAACCAAAACAAAAACCAUCUGAUGAGGCAUAUGGAGAAGUCAAUUCUCGAGUUUUGGCAAUCGGUUCUCGAUCAUACAGCAACCCAAAGGAGAGGACUUCUCAACUGGAAUCACAGGCUAGGAGGUUGUCAUUACCAAACAGCGGCUUAGGAGUUGGAAAACAAGCUUCCUAUAAAGUUGCAAUAAACCAGUCAGCAAAUAAGAAGCCCCUUAAAGAUGCACAAAAGUCUGAAAGGGAAGAUAAUGAAAUUCCUACAAAUCCAUCUUCAAAAACAAAGGAAGUGGAGAGAUAAGAGACUAAUUCUAUUUGUUGUUGUAGUAUCUAGUCCUAGGUUUUUCUUUUUCUCUUGAUCCAACAUUUUAUUGUACAUAUUUACAUGAGCUUGUUCGGGUAGUUCACAGUUGGUCCAAUGUGUUUCUCCAUACACUCAACUUCGGUCACGGACCCAAGACGAUCCAUCAUGGUAGGAUCAGAUCGCCAUGUUGUACUAUGGGUUGUGAUUGCUUGCUAUUCUCAUGUUUUAUGCAAUAUUCUAUGUAAUUGUCUGUUUCGUCGACUAUUGGUACUCAUAAUGUUUCCAUAUCCUUGUUUUAAGAAUGUAAAAUGGUUUUGUUUAGGUUAACCGAGUGAGAGUUAGAGUGAUAAUGUCUAUAUCUUUUCAAGGCAAUAGUGGUGGUGUAAGCUGCACCAGAAUCAAACCUAAGUUUUGAUAUUGUCAAAUGUUCAAGUCUUGUUGUGAUCUAAUAAGUUGAUUAAGUGUGCAGGCUGUUUACUCAAUCGGGAAAGACUUAGUUGGAGGUUAGGCAAGAGAAGUCUUAGCAGAUCGUGGAAUUCAGGUGGAAAGACCAAGUGGGUCGAGAGAACUCGACACUUGACAGUGAGAUCGAGAGGCCUGGAGGAUCGAAGAUCGAGAUCUGGAGGAUCGAAUCUCAAGAGAAAGUCCUGGCGAGCCGAUCAAGGCUAAAUGAAAAGUCCAAAUAGAUCUGGAGGAU